AUCUUAAAUUAUAAGUAAGAACAGAAUGGGCUAACCUAUAAAUGUAUAAUGUGUUGAUGGAAUAAAGAAAAUAAAAAAAGUAUUUUUGUCCUAGUUUCUACAAAACUUAAAGUUCGAUAAUAUAUAUUUAUUGCGAUAGGCAGAAUUAAGAUACUUAAAGAAUGAAAGACAUUCCAGAGGACACCCCCCCGUCGUCAGUGAGCGGAGAUGAGAUUUCUGCUAUGGAUGCCGAUGGCGUUAUAUAUUUAGAUGAAAUGGAAGAGAUUCAGCUGGACGAGGAAAUGGAAGAUGAUGAGGAAUAUAUUGAGAUGGAGCCCCCCGAGGACCACUCAAUUAUGAUGUUCGAUAAACAUAUAGGAUCAGUAUUUUGCUGUGAUUUGCAUCCUGAUGGCAAACUGGCUGUAAGUGGGGGAGAAGAUGAUAAAGCGUAUGUAUGGUCUGUGGAGACUGGACAAGUUGUGAUGGAUUGCACUGGACACAAGGACUCUGUUGUGUUUGUUGGAUUUAGCUUUGAUGGCUCAUAUCUAGCAACUGCUGACAUGGGUGGUGUCAUUAAAGUUUGGAAAUGUAUUCUAGAAGAAAACCAACAACUUCCAUGGCCAGUUGUUUUCGAAUAUGAAUCAGAUGACCUGAGUUGGGGAACAUGGCAUUUUGGAGCUCUUGUAUUAAUUUGUGGAGCAAAUACUGGUGAUAUUUAUGUAUUCAAAAUACCCUCUGGUGAAACUAAGGUGUUGCAAGGCCACAAUGUUAAAGUUGAAUGUGGAAAGUUGUUUAAUGAUGGUGUCCGUUUGGCAGCGGGAUAUGAAGAUGGUGCAGUCAAAGUGUGGGAUUUAAAGACAAGUUCAGUUCUGCAGCAAGUCCCUGACAGUGUGCAUGAUCUCAGAGUGACGGCUAUUGAUACUCACCAUGAAAACAAUUUGAUGGCUUCCAUUUCUGAAGAUGGUAAGAUUGUUCUGACCACAGCCAAUAAUGGCAAAGUGGUUGGUGAGUUGACAGCAGAAAAUUAUUUGGAAGUUAUAGCAUUCUCCAAGGAUCCUCAAAUGGAUUAUUUUGGUACAGGUACUCUAACAGGUGCUAUAAAUAUUUGGGAUGUACCCAGGCAAAUGAUCCGCCACGAGUGUUCUAAAUCGGACGAGGAUUCGAUUGCGGGCGUAACAAAGAUGAUUUGGGUUCAAAACUGCCUAGUGGUUGGCGGGCUCGACGGAUCUGUGAGGGCCUACGAGGGGAGGUCUGGACAACAAUGCCUUAUGUUGACAGGCCAUAGAUCAGAAAUCUUAGAUUUUUGUUACAACGCCAAACAAAACAUCAUCCUUACCACUUCUGAUGACGGUACUGCAAGGAUAUUUAAAUAUGAAAUCAUUAAAGAUUAAGAUUAAUAAACUUAU